GAAGUUCAACUGGACGGCGAAACUUGUCAUUUCACUUGGACCCUCAAACUUCUUGUCUUUGUAUGCGCAUGAAACCUGCAGAUUUUGGUGGGUUUGUGUUCCCAGUCUCCUUGAUUCUGAUUCAUGGAAUUGGACACAGAAGUUGCAGUAGGAGACAGCUCUGUUAUAGAAAAGUCCGGUGAACUAGAAGGUGGUGAAAUUCUAGAGCCAUAUGUUGGUAUGGAAUUUGAAUCGGAAGAUGAUGCCAGGAAAUUCUAUACAGUGUAUGCCAGACGGGUAGGAUUUGUAGUGCGUAUUAUGCAACGUCGUCGUUCUGGGAUUGAUGGGAGAACACUUGCUCGUAGACUUGGGUGUAACAAGCAGGGUUUCUCUCCUACUCACAAGGGUGCACUUGGACCUGAAAAGAAGCCAAGACCAAGUGCACGAGAAGGUUGCAAAGCAACAAUAUUGGUGAAGAUGGAAAAGUCUGGAAAAUGGGUUGUUACAAGAUUUGUAAAGGAUCAUAAUCAUCCUCUGGUUGUCACUGCCGAUGGAUACAGUACAGUGGGUGACAAAGACAAGAAAAUCGAAGAACUUACUCGGGAGUUGGAGCGUCAAGACCAACUAUGUGCAGCAUACCGAGAAAAGUUACUCACUUUUAUGAAUAACGUUGAGGAGCAAACGGAAGAGCUGUCCUCAAACAUCCAAGUUAUUGUUGACAAUAUCAGGAAAGUUGAAUCUGAAGUGCUGAAACUUUCCCAUCAUAGCCAUAGAUAACAUUGCCAUUCAUUGAAUCUGAGGGUUUACUUAGGAGCAAGAUUUGUGAAUAAGUUUAUGAGACCUGUCAUGUACAUUACUUACUAGAAUCAGUUUCUUUAACUCCAGAUGGUUGAUUACUUGAUAUUUAAUAUGGUGUAAGCUAUUUAAAAUUGGUUUAUUAGAUGGAAUGGAAGCUUGUGUAAAAGCUAAAGCAUUUUUUUUU